CAGUUUCUUGGUUGUCUUGUGGUUUGUGCCGCCAUGUCUCCCACCCAGCGGGGUAUCCUUGCAAUCGUCGCCUUUGCGGCUGUUGCUGGUGCUGUUGAGGCCAGCGCAGCGGCAGAGGCGGGCCUUGAGCCCGACUCCAUAAGUGACGAAACGAAGCUGCACAUGCUUGACAUGGAGCUGAGUCGCGUGAAGGACCAGCUGAGCUCUUUGAAAUCCGAGAUGUCCGACGACGCUUCUCUGCUACAAACUCCGGAGAGGAAUGUGGAGCAUUUGAGUUUGCCACUUCGAGAAGCGCUCCUGCAAGCAGAGAUGUCCGACGACACUUCUCUGCUGCAAAUUCCGGAGACUCUGUCGACAGAGAGGAGUGUGGAGCACUUGAGCCUGCCACUGCGAGAAGCACUUCUGCAAGCAGAGGCCACCAAUUCUUCUGACCUCAGCUACUUCCAGCAGAUGGGGCAGGAGAUUCAAGAGGAAGGUGUCAUCUUCUACUUUGCCAGAAGAGCAGCAUUCUGGCUUGGCAUUGGCGCUUCCUGCAUAGUUGUGGGUUGCAUGCAAGUCCUGCUUGGCGCAGCCGGCGGGGAGAAGGUAGAUGAAGCUAUCAACGAUAUGACGGAGGCUUGGGUGCCUUUUGACAAGGUCCACAAGGGGCCCAGAUUCAUGGGCAGUCCAGUUCGAAGUCCCAACUUCGGGACGAGCCCAUACCAUGCUGCGGGUUAUCUGCAAAGCCCUGGUUCCAGUAUGAUAAGCUCGGACGACAGCAGUGACUUGAGCGCGUGAGAGCAAGAUGCUCUUGUGUUUUGCCUGGGCAAUUGCUUUCGGCUAGAGGAAA